AGUCGUUACCUGUCCUACCCCAUGAUGAGUUCGGGCAACAACCGACUCGAACGAGCUCUGUAAAAGAGAACACGGGCACCCUUUUAAUCCAACAGAUGUAAAAAAGGUGAUAAGAUUCAAAGAUCUUCAAAUAAUUGAACCACGAAAAAAAAAUUUAGUCAGAAUCGUGGACUAGAAGAAAUCGGAACUCCAAAAAAGUGAGAAUGCGAUCAUCGUCAACGAAACAGGUUGCAGAGAACAAUCGAGGUUUAAACGGCCGCUUCUUCACCCUACGUAGCCGCCUUUAUAAUGCUCUAGCACUUGGUCUCAGAAAUGAUGAGGGAGGACGUAGAUGGUGUUGUACAGAUGUGGAGACACAGAGGCAUGUUGUUCGCUCCAUUGAUGCUUUCCUUGAUUGUAUCUCCAGUGACACAUCACAACACCCUUUAGUAAAGGAAUCAUUAGCUGAUAUAAUACCAGCAUUGGGAACUACACUUAUUCAGAAAAAUGAAGCAGUAAUGAAAUUGGCUUCAAAGGUGUUUGUAAGAAUGAUCAGUGUUGUACCUAGUACAAUUCUUGAAUCUCUUGUGUUGGAUGUAGUUCAUCCUGUAUCAUCUUCUUUGUCUUCCUGUCAUGAAUCAGUUGUAAUCUCAUGUGCCACUGCUUUGAAUUUGAUCCUGUCAUCUUUAAGUUCCAAAAAAGAGAAAGAAGUAUGGAAAAUCUUGGAAGAAACAGAGACAAUUGAUAAUCUCAUCCAUCAUAUUCGUUCUAGUGGGAGUAAGCCAGCUGAGUUUUUCUUGGAAACAAUCUCUCUUUUGAGUAAAAUACUCUGGCGAUUUCCAUCCUCUAGAUUUGGUGUUUGGAACAACACUGCAUUGAUGGAAGUAGUAGCUUCUCUCAUGCAUGAGCCUAUUCUUUCUGUAAAGGCUUCAGUUUUGCAGUUGUAUUCAACCAUAGCUUUAUGUAGUAAUGGAGCUGAAAAGAUUUUAAAUAGUGGAAACUCAAACUCCCUUUUACAAAUGAUGGUGGAAUGCAUGAAUGGAUCAAACCCUAAUUACCUACAGUUGGCUGGAUUCACAUUGGCUGAAUGCUUUUCGGUAAGUGAAAAAGGAAGAUUAAAAAUGGUGGAAUCAUAUUGUGAGCCAUUAGUCAAAGCCAUUGUAAAUGGUCUGAGCUUGCAUUCACAUUCAGGGAAGCUUACAAAAGAGCAGAUGUCAUUGAUUAAGGUUUCAUGUUGUGUUUCCAAGAUUAUAUGUUGGCCAGGGAAACAUCACAUGUACUUCUGGAAACUAGGAAUCGAAAGUGUUCUUGUUAAGCUACUUCUAGAUGAUCUUCAUAUCAAGAAACUCUCCCAGUUUUUUUUAUCAUCUGAAGAUUUUUCAACCAUGGCACGCGAUUGUUUAAGUGCUAACUUUCUACUUGUAAUUAAGCCUCAUGUGUGGGAUAUUCUUGGAGGCCUUGCUGCACAUUGUGCAGAAGAUUUCAAUGCAAAUAUGCUUCAAAAUGAAUUCUACCUUAACAUCCUCAUCACAUGUGCGUGUUUAGGGUUUGUGGAUUCAUUACGUUCAACGCGUCAGAGUUGCAGAAAUGCUGUACAUGAACCAGUGUCAAGAGCAGUUUUAUUAAUGAUUUAUUCCCCAUCAAAGUACAUUUCCUCCAUGGCCAAAUCCAUAUUAUCUGGAAUGUUAAAGCCAAAUGCAAAGGAAGAUAUCAAGUAUUUAUUAAACACAUUAAAUGCUUCAUCAUCAUCAUUAUCAUCGGGUGUGAAUAUAGUCUCUGAUAAUCUCCAAGUGAUAAACUUAAUAAGCCUAGCAUGUUAUUCGGGUCUACCUCAAUAUCGAAGGUAUGUUAUCAAGAAUCAAGGAAUAAAGAUCUUGUUAUCUUUCAUACAAAAGUUAUCAAGUAGUAAUCAUGUUCAUGGAGAAGGUUUGAAUAAUAAUACGUCUAAGUCUCUUCAUUAUUGUGAUCAUAACAUGAAGAUAUGUUGCUAUGGGUGUGAAGAGGAUUGGGAAGGUGAAGAAAGUUUUUUGGUUUUUGGGUUGUUGGGGUUAGCUGAAUUGGUGCACCAUGUUGGUUCAGUGAAAGGUAAUAAUGUUGACUGGUUUGAGUUGACCGAGUCUGAAAUGAUAAGUGAAGUGGAAAAGAUUUGUAUAAACUCAUGUGCUUCUGGAUCAAGAUGUUAUGGGGCUUAUCUUCUUAGCUAUUUUGGGGUUUAUGGGUUUCCAUCAAAACUCGGGAAUAGAAUCGGGAAUGUUUUAAGUGGGGAUGAAGAUGAACAUAAACAUACGAAUCUGAGACUGAUUCUUGCUAAUCAGGAGCAUGUGAAUGUUCAUGGUGUGAUUGUAAGUGUUGGGUGUCCAUCACUCUUGCCAUCUGAAGGAAAAACUAUUGGAAGAAAGGAAAUCCGGCUUUCUUCUCAUGUCAAUCAUCAAGCAUUAUUGAAAUUAUUGGAAUAUGUUUAUUCAGGACAUUUAAAAGCAGAAGACGAGGUUGUGAAGAGGUUAAAAACAUUGGCUAAACAUUGUAAUUUGCAGCCUUUAUUGCAAUUGCUUUGCAGAAAUCGUCCCAAAUGGAGGACACAUGCUCCAAGCUUUGACCUUACCCCUGCUCUUGGACCUAAUGGCUCUCAUUUCUCUGACAUUGUCCUUGAAGCAAAAGGCAAUACAUACGAGGGCUGGAUGUGUGAAACAUGCUCUGUGUCACACCCACAUUUACAUGCUCAUAAAGCCAUUUUAUGUGCUAGUUGUGAGCACAUGCGUGCCUUACUUUGUUCAGGAAUGCAGGAAAGCCAUUCAGAAAGUAUAAAAGUGGAUCUUGGAUGGGAAGCAUUGGUUAGACUAGUGAACUGGUUUUAUUCUGGAAAACUAAGGCCGAAGCCUAAAUAUGGUUGUUUAUGGCAUAAUUUAAAUGAAAAGGAGAAAUUAGAUGAAGUGAUUCCAUAUGUGGAGCUUUAUUGUCUGUCAGAUAGUUGGCUUCUUGAAGAGCUUCAUAAGGAAUGCUCGAGAGUAAUUGGAAGUUGCUUAGAUUCUGUUAAGAUGGCAAUCAAAAUAAUCCAAAUUGGGGCUGAUUGUUUCCAGUGGGAUUUGGUGGAGUUAGCAGCCAAAUUUAUUGCGCCUUCGUAUCAUCAUCUUCGUAACUCUGGAGAGUUGCUUCAACUUGAUGAACAACUUGUUGAUAUAGUUCGUGUUGCAUCUGUUAGACUUACUCAACGUGUUCAUCAUUUAUGAUAUUUAACAACUAAAUGCCUUGUACAUAAAUAUAUAGAGGAAGGUUAUACUGUA